UUUUUUAACUAAAAGGUGAAUGAUAUUUUCUGUUUCAAUAAGUUAUUUCAGCUUGUUCUUCUCUCUUAGCAGCAUUUCUCAUUAGCAAAAUGUAUCGUUUUGUAGCAAAUCUUGCUUCCAAAGCGAGAGUGGCAAGAACCAACACCCAACAAAUUGGUGGAAGGUUAAAUUGGAGUAGAAGUUAUGCUGCAAAGGAUAUUAGAUUUGGUGUUGAAGCUCGAGCUGCAAUGCUUCAAGGUAUUGUAGAACUUGCUGAUGCUGUUAAAGUCACUAUGGGUCCAAAGGUGAAUUUUUUAUCAACCCCAUUAGUGAAUACACUCCGUUUGUUACAUAGAUUGUUCAUAUAUUUAUAUGUAAACAAUUCAACCCCAUUAGUGAAUACACACUGUUUGUUCCCAACCAAGUGCAGCAGUUUUUUGCCCCAAACAUGCAGCAACAAAUAG